AUGAGCGAAAAGGAAAACAGCCGGCGUAAACGUGCAUCUAGCGAAGCGGAAGUGGAAAAGCAUAAUGAAGAUCCAAAACAAUCGUUGGAACAACCAGAGCAGGAUAACAGUAAGGAUCCCGAUGGUGAAGAUGAUGACGGCGAUUGGAUAGGACCGAUGCCAUCGGCUGCGGCACAAUCAAAGAAGCGUAAAGUGUUAGGUUAUGAAAAGCUCUUCAUUGAAAACCUGCCGGAUGCGGAAUGUUACGAGAAAUCCUUCAUGCACCGAGACACCAUCACGCAUCUAGUGGUGACGAAAUCGGAAUUUAUCGUCACAGUUAGCGUGGAUGGUCACGUAAAGUUUUGGAAGAAGAUGGAGCUGGGUAUCGAGUUUGUGAAGCACUUUCGCAGUCAUUUAGCACCGAUCAAUUACCUGGCCGUUAACUGCAGCGGUACAUACCUUUGCACGGCUUCAGUGGACAAAAGUAUCAAGGUGUUUGAUGUGAUUAACUUUGAUAUGAUCAACAUGCUAAAGCUAGAGUACAUCCCGUACCGUGUGGAGUGGAUCCAUCGAAUGGGUGACGUGAUUAGCUAUCUGGCAGUAGCGGACCAAGAUUCACCGGUGAUUAGAGUCUAUGACGGUAAAGGAACAAACACUCCGUUGCAUACCAUUGAAAAUCUACACACUAAACCCGUAGUGAUGAUCCGCUAUAAUCCCACCUUCGAGGUUACCGUUACGAUCGAUAAGGCAGGAAUAUUGGAGUACUGGUAUGGACCGCGCCAUGAUUUCAAAUUUCCCACCAAGGUGGUACACUUUGAGUCAAAGCUCGAUACCAGCCUGUACGAGUUUGCGAAGAACAAAACUACCGUAACUUCGCUAAGCUUUUCGCCUGACGGUAAGAAGUUUGCCACCAUGUCCACCGACCGACAGGUGCGUGUGUUUGGAUUCCUUAGCGGAAAAUUGCUGCGAGUGUACGAUGAAAGUUUGGCGCGUUACAGCGAAAGUCAGCAGCUGUCGCAAACAUUAUCGAACAUGGAAUUUGGACGCCGAAUGGCAAACGAGCGCGAUUUGGAAAAAUCGGACGCCUUCGCCAAUAUGAAUGUGACAUUCGAUUACAGCGGGAAUUUCAUUCUGUAUCCGACGAUGCUCGGCAUUAAGCUGGUAAACAUAGUGACGAAUCGAUGUGCAAAGAUUAUUGGGAAGAAUGAUAAUUUGCGCCCACUUAAUUUGGCCCUUUUUCAGGGUAAAGUAAAGUUUUCGAAGGCAGCUACCACACUCGAACAGGAAGCUUCCGAAAAUAAGGCGGCACAGGCAAUACCGAACGAUCCAACACUGUUCUGCACGGCGUACAAAAAGCAACGGUUCUACCUCUACACCAGACGGCUGCCGUCCGAUUUGCAAGAUAUGGAACGCGAUGUGUUCAACGAGAAACCUUCCAAGGAAGAUAUCAUUUCUGUUACGGAAGGACAGGGCGUACAAAAGAUCUACGACAAUGCCGUACUACACACGACUAUGGGUGACGUCCACAUGCGUCUGUUCGGCAAGGAGUGCCCUAAAACGGUGGAAAAUUUUUGCGUUCACAGCAAAAAUGGCUAUUACAAUGGGCAUCUGUUUCAUCGUGUGAUCAAGGGCUUCAUGAUACAAACCGGAGACCCAACCGGCACCGGUACCGGUGGACAAUCGAUUUGGGGUGGUGAAUUUAAGGAUGAGUUUUGCUCAACGCUCAAACACGAUCGUCCGUACACGGUUAGCAUGGCGAAUGCCGGACCGAACACGAACGGCAGCCAAUUCUUCAUCACCGUAUUGCCUACGCCCUGGCUGGAUAAUAAGCAUACAGUGUUUGGACGUGUGCAUAAAGGUAUGGAAAUUGUGCAGAACAUAUGCAAUGCGAAGACGAACCCGAAAACCGACAAACCGUACGACGAAAUUCGGAUAAUUUCAAUCAACUUGUCUUAA